AUGUGCGAGCGGGCGGCGCGCCUGUGCAGGGCCGGCGCGCACAGGCUGCUCCGGGAGCCGCCGCCGCAGGGCCGGGCGCUGGGCGGGCUGCUGCGCUGGCCCGGCCCCGGCCCCGGCUCCCCGCGCGGGGGCACCGCGGUCAUCCUGGACAUUUUCCGCCGGGCGGACAAAAAUGACGAUGGGAAGUUGUCCUUGGAGGAAUUCCAGCUCUUUUUCGCAGAUGGCGUCCUCAAUGAGAAGGAACUGGAGGAUCUCUUUCACACCAUCGACUCUGACAACACCAACCACGUGGACACCAAGGAGCUGUGUGAUUACUUUGUGGAGCACAUGGGGGAUUAUGAGGACGUCUUGGCCUCCCUGGAGACCUUGAAUCACUCCGUCCUGAAGGCCAUGGGUUACACCAAGAAGGUGUACGAGGGUGGGAGCCACGUGGACCAGUUUGUGACACGCUUUCUUCUGAAGGAGACGGCCAAUCAGAUCCAGUCGCUGCUGAGCUCUGUGGAGAGUGCAGUGGAGGCCAUUGAAGAGCAGACCAGCCAGAUCCGACAGAACCACAGCAAACCCAGCUCCAGUACAGUGGAGACCCGGUAUGGAAGCGCUGCCUCCCCACAACCCCCCAACCCCAAGCUGGGGGCCGUGGAACCAGGGAAGAGUCCUCCAUCUGUCAUCCUGGACCCCAAGGAGGAGGGCCUGGAGGCCCAGAUCAGCCGCUUGGCAGAGCUGAUAGGACGGCUGGAGAGUAAGACCAUUUGGUUUGACCUCCAGCAGCGCCUUGUGGACGAAGAAGGCACGAACAUGCACCUGCAGCUGGUCCGGCAGGAGAUGGCCGUGUGCCCCGAGCAGCUGGGCGAGUUCGUGGACUCCCUGCGCCGGUACCUGCGGGCCACCGCUGGGGCCAGGAACUGCUUCCAUAUCGCGGCCCUGAGGCUGGCGGAUGGCUUCACCUUCGUGGUCUACGAGUUCUGGGAGACGGAGGAGGAGUGGAGGAGGCACCUGCAGAGCCCCGUGUGCAAGGCCUUCCGGCAUGUCAAGGUGGACACGCUGAGUCAGCCUGAGGCCCUCUCCAGGAUUCUGGUGCCAGCUGUUUGGUGUACCGUGGGCCGUGACUGACCACCUUCCUGAGGCCUUUGGAGCCAACUGCCACCCCACCCCCUUUUCUAGAAACUUUGGUACACAAGUGGUCUUUUCAAUCUACUUCCAGACAAGAAUGUAUUUUCCCUGUUUGAAAUGAAGGAGCAGCCCCUUCCCCCAGCCUUCCCCGGAUCCCCACCCCUAGUGGCAGAGCAGUCUGAGCGGCUGGAGCCGGAGGACAGCACCCCACCCCCCGGCCCCCCAGCCCAGUGGCCACGCAUGAUCCUCUCCCCCUACCCCUUACCACCCCUCCCCUGCAGCCUGCCCUGGCCUCACUGGGACCGGCCCCUUCGCUGGCCCCUGCAUCACAGGCCUGGUCAACUUUCCUCUACCUGGUAGGAGCCAAGACCCUGUAGUGCCCAACCUCGGCCUGUGCCCAGCUGCACAUGGCAAUAGAGCCCACGUAGCCAGUGCCAUGCUUGGCAGGCACCAAUACACUC